AUGGAUCGCAUCAAGGAGAAAAUGAACCAGCUCCGCCUGGACGCCGAGGAGGCGGCAGCCAAGGUCGACGAGCUCCAGAGCAAAGUCAAGACGCUCGAGCAGGAGAACCUCCAGAAGGAGCAGGAGAUUGUCUCCCUUACGCACAAGAACAGCGUGCUUGAGACGGAGGUAGAGAAAUCCGAGGCGCAAGUCAAGGAGCUCAAGGCCGCGGCCAGCGAAGGCCAGCAGCACGGUACCCAGAACGAAACGCUGACUCGAAGGCUCCAACUUCUCGAGGAAGAGGCCGAGGAAGCAGACAGGACUUUGCGCGAGGCCAACGAGAAGCUGCGGCAGACCGACGUCAAGGCUGGACACUUCGAGCGGAAAGUCCAGGCCCUCGAGCAGGAGCGCGACCAGUGGGAGUCCAAGUACGAGGAGAUGGCCAAGAAAUACACCGCCGUGCAGAAGGAGCUGGAUGAUUUCCAAGCUGAGAUCGGCGCCAUCUAA